AUGACUAGCACUCAAGUUUCCGACUUAAUACUGGGCUUGAAGUCCCGGCAUACUGAAACUAGACAUAAAGCAAUACGAGAACUGGUGCAUUUUGUUAAGACGGAUUUGAGAGAAAUGUCUCAGGAAUCUUUAACUCAAAGUUUCGAUGAGUUAAAUCAACAAAUCCAUCUAUUAACUUCAAGUUUUGAUAGUAAUGACAAGAAGGCAGGAAUAUUGACUAUAGUUUGCCUGAUAACUGGUGAUUCUGAAGUUCACAAGACACGAAUAAACCGGUACGCUCAGUACUUGAGAAAUAUUUUUCCUACAAAUGAUAUGAACAUAUUGGAGCUAGCUGCAAAAUCUAUGGGACGAGUAGCAACGUCAAUGGGUAUUAAACGAGCAGAAUUUGUUGAGCUCGAAAUAAAAAGAGCUUUUGAAUGGUUAGGAGAAGAGAGGAAUGAAGGGAAGAGGCUCUCAGCUUGUUUUAUUCUGAGAGAACUUGCUAUUGCUAUGCCCUCAUAUUUUUUUCUACAUAUUAAUGGUUUUUUUAACUAUAUUAUGCUAGCACUUCGAGAUCCUAAGGAACAAGUUAGAGAAGCAGCAGGCAAAGCUUUAAGAGCUGCUUUUGUUGUUACUGCCCAAAGAGAAGUGCCUGAACAGAGCAACAAAGCUCAUUGGUAUAUACAGUGCUACGAAGAAGCUAUGACAUCAUUCACUGAUUCUGUGGCAAGAGAAAGAGUUUUAUCUAGAGAUGAUCAUGUGCAUGGAGCCUUGAUAAUUUUCAAUGAACUUCUUAGAAGUUCUAAUGCAAACUGGGAGAAAACAUACACAAUGCUAAUGCAGAAACUUGACUCUGAACAAGAGAUAUCUGAAGAAAUUAGCAACUUUAGUCGAAAAGUUCACCCAUUAUCUGGUUAUAAUUAUUCAGAUGAAAGAAAUCAAGCCAUUCGCAUUUUUGAGUCUAGUUUUUGUAAAACAUUAAUAGCCGAAAAAUAUGACAAAAUUUCUGUUGAAGUCAUGGCACAGCAAAUAUCUAGAUCUCACAGUGUUCAUCAAAUGCUCUUAUUACUAAUCCCAAGAUUGGCAGCAUUUAAUAAGGAAGCAUUUGCAAGAAAACAUUUAAAAUCAACAAUAAAUCACCUUAUUACAUUUCUUAGAGGUAGAGAAAAAGAGAAGGCAAUGGCUUUCACAACAUUAGGAUUAAUAUGUGUUACUAUGGAGGAUGAUAUUCAACAAUAUUUGUCUAGAAUUAUUGAAAUAAUUAAAGUGACUUUGCCAAUGAAAGAUUUAUCAAAGAAAAGAAAUGGGACAGAAACUCCUCUGUUAAAUUGUGUUACCUUGUUGAGUAUUGCAAUGAAGGAAAAUGUUGCAAAUGAAAUAAAAGAGCUUUUGGAUCCUAUUUGUGGAACUGGACUGAGUCCACAAUUGACAACAUGCUUUAAGGAACUAAGUCAAAAUUUACCAUCAUUAAAAAAGGAAAUAACUGAUAGAUUGCUUCAUAUUUUAUCCCUAAUAUUAAGAAAGAAACCUUAUAUUUUCAAUAACACAGAAAGCCCCUCCAUGCUAAUGCUAUCAACAGCUUUGUUGGUAGAACCCCAUGAUGCUGUAAAAUUAGUUUUAGCCCUACAUACACUUGGUACAUUUGAUUUUGAGUGGAAUAAUACAUUGAUGUCAUUUAUCAGAAGAUGCACAAAUCAUUAUUUGCAAUGUGAACAGCAGGAUUUACGUUUAGAAAGUAUAAAAACUGUGGCUAAAUUGCUGAUAAAAGCUAUAGAAAAAAAUGCAUACUCAAAUUCACGAACUUUAAACACUUUAAUAGAUGAAUCUCUAGGUAAACUGUUGUCAGUUGGCCAUUCUGAUUUUGAUCAUGAAGUGCGUUAUAGAGUACUAGAAAUUUUCACUAAUCCAAUAUUUGAUAAAUAUUUAGCUGUAGAAGAGCAUCUGAGCUGUCUCUUUGUUGCCAUCAAUGACUCAAAUAGUGAUGUCAGUGAAUUAGCGUUGUGUAUUGUUGGGCGAUUGAGUAAUAUAAACCCAAGUUACACAACACCAGUCUUACGUCAACUUUUUGUUCAAAUAUUAAUGGAACUGCAGUACUCGGAAUCAUCUCGAAAUAAAGAGCAAUCUCUUAGAAUGGUGAACAACAUUAUUUCUCAUGCUCCAAGGCUAACACGUCAAUUUGUCGAUACUAUUCUUAGGGUACUUGUGCCAAAGUUGACAGAAAGUGAAAGUAACUCUGUUAUGGUUUCUACAAUUUUAAAAGCAAUAGGGGAUUUAGUUGAAGUGAAUGGUGGUGGGAAUGCUUUGGUGCAGUGGCUACCUCAUUUAAUAUCAACACAGCUUGAGAUACUUUCUGAUCCUAAUCAACUUGAAAAAAGAAGUGUAGCACUUUGGUCAUUUGGUCAAGUUAUAAGUGCUAUUGGCUAUGUAGUUACACCAUAUAUGGAAUUUCCCAACCUUAUGGAUAUGCUUCUCAAUCUCUUAAAAACAGAGCAAAAUGCAAGAGACAGAAGAGAAACCAUUCGUGUUUUGGGUCUUUUGGGUGCAUUAGAUCCUUAUAAACAUAGAAUUAACCAGGGACUAAUUGAUUUUCAGACAGUAUCCACAUUAAUACCUAUAACUGAUACAACUCCUACUCAUGAUAAUUUUGAUAUAAAUAUUAGUGAAAUGCUUGUGAGUAUGUCGCCAUUAGUUCUUGACGAGUUUUAUCCUGCUAUUGCAGUUACUUAUCUUAUGCGUAUAUUACGUGACCCACUUUUGGUACAACAUCAUAUUAGUGUGGUUCAUUCGGUGACAUAUAUUUUUCAAACUUUGGGUAUUAAAUGUGUUCCCUAUAUAUCACGUGUAACACCCAGCCUUUUAUAUGUGAUUCGAACUACUGAUAAUUAUAACUUUAGAGAGUUCUUAUUUACACAACUAUCAAUCAUUAUCUCGGUUGUAAAAAUACACAUAAGGGCAUAUUUGGAAGAAAUAUUUGAUUUAAUAAAAGAAUACUGGACACCAGAUAGCCAGCUACAAAAUACGCUGAUAUUGCUUGUUGAACGGAUCACUGUAGCUAUUGGAACCGAAUUUAAAAUAUACCUUCGAAAAAUUUUACCAAAUAUUUUAAGAGUAUUAAAAUGUGACAAUAGUAAAGACAGAACAUUGACGGAAAAAUUGUUAUUGGCCAUGCAAAAAUUUGAAAACAAUUUAGAUGAUGUUCUCUUAUCUAUAGUGCCAACAAUUACUGGUUUAUUUGAUGGAAGAAAUAUUCCCAUUUCAACAUCAAAAUUAGCAAUGGAAACUAUUGAGCACUUGUCUAUGUAUUUAAACUUUAGACCAUUUUCGGCAAUGAUAAUUCAAGCUUUGGCGAAAGUCCUGGAAAAUAGUCCAGCUCUGAGACAAACUGCAAUGAAUACACUCUGUGCACUAAUUGUCCAAUUGGGGCGGCAGUAUAUUGAUUAUAUUCCGUCUAUAGACAAAAUAUUAGUAAAACAUAAGAUUCAGUGCCCAAAUUAUGUAGUUCUUGUAACAAGAUUACAGGUUGUUUCAACACUCGCCUCGGACGAUGAUUACUUAGAUGAAACCAGAUUACGAUUACGAAAUCAGAAAACUGAUGUCGUUGCCAAUAAUGACCCGCAAACAAUCCAAAAGCUGACACUUAAUGUGGAAAAAUUACGUAAAAGUUGGGCAGUCAACAACCUUAUAUCAAAAGAAGAUUGGCUAGAAUGGCUACGUCAGUUAAGUGUCGGACUUCUCACUGAAUCAAACAGUCCUGCUAUGAGAGCAUGUUCGAGCCUAGCUCAAAAUUAUCCUCAACUAGCGAGUGAUUUAUUCAAUGCUGCAUUCAUGUCUUGUUGGACGGAGUUGGGUGAGGAACCUCGACUUGAAUUAGUAAAGGCUUUAGAACGCGCUCUCUCUGUCCCCGACGUGCCCGAACUAGCAUUAGCUGUGCUUAACUUAGCCGAGUUCCUAGAACAUUGUGAAAAGGGGGCCUUGCCCAUUUCUAUUAAACUUCUGGGUGAUACUGCUAUUACUUGUAGAGCCUACGCAAAAGCUCUAUACUAUAAGGAAGAAGAGUAUAGAAGAAAUCCUUCAACCCAAGUUGUCGAGGCUCUUAUUCAUAUAAAUAACAAACUACAACAAAAAGAAUCUGCUAAUGGCUUAUUAGAAAAGGUUAUAAUGCAAAAGAAGAAUGGAGACUGCUCUUUGAAUGUUCACGUGCGAUGGUACGAAAAGCUACACAAUUGGGAACAGGCUUUGGAUCUUUACAGUAAGAAGUUAGAAGUAGAGCCACAAGACAUUGAGUCGAAAAUGGGUAUGAUGAGAUGCUUGGAAGCAAUGGGUGAAUGGCGGAACUUGUAUAACAUAAAUAGCGAACAGUGGGAUUCAGUUACAGAUGAUAUAAAAAAGAAAACUGCGAAAAUGGCUGCGGCCGCGUCAUGGGGCUUACAAGAGUGGGAUUCUAUGAAAAAAUACGUAGAUUAUAUACCUGAAGAUAAUCAAGAUGGCGCUUUUUAUCGAGCAAUUUUAUCUAUUCGUGAAGGGCAAUGGUCUGAGUCUAGACAUUAUAUUGACACGGCAAGAAAUUUAUUAGAUACUGAGUUGUCGGCUGUAGUUGGUGAAAGCUACCAGAGAGCGUAUGGAGCAUUAGUUAAUGCACAGCUUUUGACUGAACUAGAGGAAGUUGUUACAUAUAAACUUGUAGAGGAAAGAAGAAGUGUCUUACACAGAACUUGGUGGACGAGGCUCCAAGGCGGUCAGCGUUUAGUUGAAGAUUGGCGAAAGAUGCUUCAAAUACGCAGUUUAGUUCUAUCUCCGCAAGAAGAUUUCCAGAGUUGGUUGAAGUUUGCAUCGCUUUGUAGAAAGUCAGGUGCAAUAAGCCAAGCACAUAAAAUAGUCCUGUCAGUAUUGGGUAGCGACCCUGUUACUAAUCCUGAUGUCUUAUUACGUGUACAGGAUCCUCGUAUUGUUUUAGCUUAUAGCAAAAAUUUGUGGGAUGCUGGAAAUAAACGUUAUGCCUAUGAUGUUUUACAAAGGCUUGUAGACACAGCAGAACCAGAUAAUGAAGAACAAUGUAGACUGCUAGCACGUUGUCAUUUAAAGCUCGGCUCAUGGUGCGAAUCUCUUCAAGAAAUUAAUGAACUGUCAAUACCAGAAAUUUUAAGGAACUAUACUGAAGCCAUAAUUCUUGCUCCAGAGUGGUAUAAAGCCUGUCAUGCAUGGGCUUGUAUGAACUUCGAAACAGUUUUGUUUUAUAAGCAACAAGAUAAUAUUUCAGAGAGUAGUAUAGCUGGAGGUUCUGGAGAAAAAAAGAUAUCGAGGGCAGAUUUUAUCAACAGCUAUACCAUACCAGCUAUUGAAGGCUUCUUCAAGUCUAUUAGUUUGUCAAAUGGAAACUCUCUCCAAGACACUUUGAGAUUACUUACUUUAUGGUUCGAUCAUGGUCAUCAUCCAGCAGUUUAUGAUGCAUUAUUUGAAGGAGUCAGGCAAAUCGAUGUUAAAAUAUGGUUACAAGUGAUACCACAAUUAAUAGCACGCAUAGAUUCCCCGCGUAGCUUAGUCGCUAAAUUAGUUCAUAUUCUUCUAAUAGACAUUGGAAAGACACACCCACAAGCACUGGUGUAUCCUCUAACCGUUGCGACUAAAUCUUCAUUUGUAACGCGAAAAUCGGCGGCUAAUUAUAUUUUAAAAACUAUGAGUACACAUUCACAGAGACUAGUUAAUGAAGUAGCCAUAAUAUCAGAGGAGUUGAUCAAAGUAGCCAUGUUGUGGCAUGAUCAAGUUUAUACAGCUUUGGAUGAUGCUUCGAGGUUGUACUAUAGCGAAAAAGAUUACAGAGGUAUGUUCAGAACACUCGACAAAAUGCAUGCGAUGCUCGAUCGACCACCGGAGACUUUGAAGGAAGUUUCGUUCUUACAAAUGUAUGGCCGAGAUCUACAGGAGGCUCAUCGAUGGUGCGAACUAUACAAGGAGACGAACGAGGAACGGUACCUGAACGAGGCGUGGGACCUGUACUGCCACGUCGUGCGGCGCAUCGGGCAGCAGGUGCGCUCGCCCACCGCGCUGGAGCUGCAGUACGUGAGCCGUCGCCUGCACGCCGCGCGCGACCUGGAGCUGGCCGUGCCCGGCUCCUACGUGCCGCACGCGCGCCUCAUCCGCAUCGCCUCCAUCGACACGCACCUGCAGGUGAUCAAGUCGAAACAGCGACCGCGUCGCCUCACGAUUCAAGGUUCAGAUGGAAAACAAUACAUGUUCCUUCUAAAGGGUCACGAAGAUCUGCGUCAGGAUGAACGCGUCAUGCAACUGUUCGGACUCGUGAACACUCUGCUCCAAGCCGACCCCAGCACCAACAGACACGAUCUCGCCAUACAGAGAUAUGCAGUCGUACCUUUAUCUCCUAACUCGGGUUUGAUCGGAUGGGUGCCACAAUGCGACACACUAUACAAUCUAGUCAGCGACUACAGAGAUAAGAAAUCGAAUAAGUUGACUUUGACCAAGGAACAACAAAUCAUGAUGAACAUGGCAUCCGAUUAUCAAAAAUUAAUGUUGAAACAUAAGGUGGAAGUAUUUGAAUACACGCUCUCUCAGACGCCUGGCAACGAUCUGUCAAGGCUUCUUUGGUUAAAGAGUCCAUCAGCUGAAGCUUGGUUCGAACGUCGCACGAACUACACGCGGUCUCUAGCGGUCAUGAGCAUGGUGGGCUACAUCCUGGGCCUCGGGGACCGACACCCUUCCAAUAUAAUGCUGCAUAGAGUCACGGGAAAAGUUCUCCACAUAGAUUUUGGAGACUGCUUCGAAGUUACUCAGACAAGGGAAAGAUUUCCUGAGAAGAUUCCGUUCAGACUGACGAGAAUGUUAAUCGAUGCUAUGGAGGUAACGGGUAUAGAAGGCACGUACCGCUUCACAUGUGAGUCGGUGAUGCACGUGCUUCACAAACACCGCGACAGUGUGAUGGCGGUGCUGGAGGCCUUCGUGUACGACCCGCUGCUCAACUGGAGACUCAUAGACAACGAGAAGCACUCCAUCACCGAGUCCACAUUUUCUUCCGAUAUAGACUCCUCUUACUCCCUCCCCAGCAGGAGUAGGAACCAUCUUCACUGUGAGUCCCCGGAAAUGCCGGCCGAAUCCAACCUCAAUAAACGCGCUUUGGCCAUACUGAAUAGAAUAAGAGAUAAGCUAACGGGGAGAGACUUUCCACAUAUAGAGGCGGUGGUCAGCGUACCGAAGCAAGUUGAUCUGUUGAUCAAGAUAGCGACGAAUAACGAAAAUUUAUGUCAGUGUUAUAUGGGAUGGUGUCCGUUUUGGUAAAUGAGUAUGUAUGUGUUGUGUUUUUCGGUGUUUUUCCCUUCGACAUGCGAACCUUAACAAUAAAUUGAUACCUAUUUGUAUUUUAUCGUAAUUACUCAUUUUCUUGGUGGCUAAGAACGGUGGUUAUGUUUAAUUUUACAGUUGAUGUUGCAAAGUUUCAUGACUUGUUGCUUAUGUUAAUGUAUUUAUGUUUACAUCUAGUCUCGACUUAUAAUGUACGUGUAAGAUUUCUUUUAACAACAAUCAAAUAAAUUAUUUAUUUAUUUGAUUUUCAACUAAACUAUA